CUGCUCCUUUAAAGCCUAUCUGCUCAGAGUUUUUCACAAAAUACAAUCAGCGCUCAACGAAACACCGCGAUCCCGCCGGUCAGCCUCGUCCAGUCCAAAAUGGACUUCAGAAGGCUGCAAUCCCUCAAAAUCGACCUUACAACCACGAAUUCGACUAUUAGCAGUCUCCCUUCCACCCUCCUCGAUGCGCUCAUCCCCGGCUAUGGCAUCAUUUCUCAGAUCAUCUUCCGCCUUCUCGGCUUCGAUAUCGGCCUCGUCGUCUCCGGAAUCAUCGUCGUCUUUGGACUAGCCAAGGGCGCGCAAGUCGUCUACUAUAGGUCAUACAGCCUGUUUGCAUCGUACUUCUUGUCCUCCGUGCAGAUCGAGGACAACGACCAGCUCUUCAACCAGAUGAUGGAGUGGAUCGCCGAUCAGCGCAUGACGAAGAUCUCACGCGAUCUCAAGGCGGUUACGAAAUGGGUCUCUGCGUACGAGGACAGCGACGAGGAGGCUAAUGCGAGUGAUGACGAUGUGCUGGACGAAUCGGGCAUCUUCAACUACGAGAAGUGGGCUAGCAAUAUCCCACCGCGAUACGAGCCCAACUACGGAAGUGACGAAUUUUGGUUUCAAGGCCGCAAAUUCAUGUUCUCGCGGACAAGGAGGGAGAAGCAGAGAAGUCUUUGGAGUGAUUCCGAGGAUCAGUUCUUGUCCAUCAGCUGCAUCGGCAGGAGCACGGAGCCUAUCAAAGAGCUUCUCAACCAUGUCAAGAGAUGGACUUUGACCAAGGAGAACAAGAUGACGUCCGUCUACCGUCCGGCACCUAAGGAAGAGCGCAGAGACUGCGCGUGGGACAGGCAAUCCUGCCGCCCCUCGCGCCCUAUGAGCACCGUCUCUCUUGACCAGCAACAAAAGGCCGCAAUCGUCAUGGACAUCAACGAAUAUCUCCACCCCGCGAGCGCUCGCUGGUACGCCGCACGCGGCAUCCCCUACCGCCGGGGGUACUUAUUCUACGGGCCACCUGGUACGGGCAAAACCUCACUCUCCUUCGCUCUUGCUGGCAUCUUCGGCCUCGACAUCUACUGCAUCUCGCUCAUGGAAGUUGGCCUCACCGAAUCCGACCUCAACAAGCUCUUCACCACCCUCCCUCGUCGCUGCAUCGUCCUCCUCGAAGACAUCGACUCUGCCGGUCUUCGCCGCUCCGAGGACCCACCCACUCCCUCUGACUCUUCCGACACCAGCAGUAGCGACGGGACCACCUCCGAAGACGGCAGCCUCACGAAGAUCAGCAAGACCGACGCACUACCGAAGCCACCGAAUGGGCAGCAAACGGGCUUUAAGAGUUUGAUUUCGCUCUCCGGCCUGCUGAAUACGAUUGAUGGCGCGGCGUCGCAUGAAGGGAGAGUGCUUAUCAUGACGACGAAUCAUCCCGAGAAGCUGGAUCCGGCGCUUAUUAGGCCGGGCCGGGUGGAUUUGCAGGUGAAAUUCACAUUAGCAACGCGCGAACAAACACGGGAUAUCUUCAAGCGAAUGUACUCCACGGAGCGGGAUGCCAACGUCAAAUCCCCGUCCUCCCCAGCCUCCAUGUCCUCAUCAAGUCCAACCACAAAGGUUAUGGACAGGAAGUUCUCCAGCAAGCGCGAAGACGGCGAGUUCCUCGAACUGCUCAACCGCGAGCCUGUUCUGGAUAUCGUAGAACCGGAGAAGCUGAAGGAGAUGGCGGAGGAGUUUGCGGAGAAGUUGCCCGAGGGGAAGUUCAGUCCAGCAGAGAUUCAGGGGUUUCUGUUGACGCGGAAGAAGGAACCUUCUAGGGCGUUGAAGGAGGUGGAGGGGUGGAGGGAUGAUCAGCUGGAGGUGAAGAGGAAGGAUGUUAAGGUUGUGAAUGUGCAGUGAGGAUUUGGGGAAGCAGGGUUUGGGCUGGAGGAAGAGGUUUGUGGGAGGUUCUUGCUUGCUUGCAUAGAGGCGGAGUUGAAUAGGCAUUAAAUUGGGGACUUCUGGGAAGUGACGUUUUUGGCGUGGUGUACGCAUAUUUUGCAUAGCCUGUACAUGUCCAGCAAAGCAUGAACCCGAUAGAAUCCCAUCCAAAUAUCCGGGCGCAGCCGUCCUUCAAAUAUCUCCGAUGUUUUCUUCAUCCCGGUUUCAAAACAUCCUCCG